AUGUUUCCGGUCAGGCAGCCUUGGCUUUGCAAAGCCUUAGGUUGUUAUGAUUGCUGUAUCCGGUGCAUUGGGGCAGUGCCCUAUCCAUCCUUGGUGGCCACCUUGCUAUGCUAUGCUGGCAUGGCGCUAUUUUGUGGCUGCGGGCACGAAGCGUUGACCCAGACUGAAGUCCUGGUCGAGACUUACUUCGCCCGCAACGUUCAGGACUUUGCGGUCAUGGCCUCCUUCAUCAAGUAUUUCCAGUACGUGAUCUACGGCCUGGCAUCCUUCUUCUUCCUCUAUGGUAUCCUGCUGCUGGCUGAGGGAUUCUACGCCACGAGCGCCGUCAAGCAGACCUUUGGUGAAUUCAGGAGCACCCAAUGUGGCCGCUGCCUCAGCCUGACGUUUAUCAUUGUGACGUACAUCUUGGCCUUCAUCUGGCUGGCCGUGUUUGCCGUCACCGCCAUACCGGUCUUCUUCCUGUUCAACAUGGAGCAGACCUGCCACAACAUCAACAUCCUGGCUGAGACGACCCCCAGCAUUAAUCAGCACGGCUGGAUUUGCAUGGACGCCAGGCAGUAUGGUCUGCUCCCUUGGAACGCGAUGCCAGGGAAGGCUUGCGGAAUGACCUUGGCGUCUAUUUGCAAAACCAGCGAGUUCUACGUCACCUAUGACCUGUACAUUGCUGCAUUUGCUGGUGCUGGUAUCACUCUCUUAGCACUGUUCCUGUACAUGGUUGCCACCACCUACAACUAUGCAGUUUUGCGGUUUCUGGGCAGGAAAGGGAUCCGCUGAGUGCAACAUGUCUAUCUCUGUCAGCCCCAGGCCUCUAUGGCUAUGAGAUGGACAGUCGACACAUGCAACACUAGAUUUCCAUUCAUCCUCCUGGAAACAUCCACUUCCAAACAUGGAUCACCUGCUAUUUAGUAUUUCUUUAGAAGUGUCCAAUAACAAACAGACAAGUGUUUUCUCAUCACUUUUUUCGUAGGAACAACAGACAGAGAGAUGAAGAUCGUUCGCAGCCAGCCGCGAGCUCUGGUCUCCUCCUCAAAUCCUCCCCUCAGAUGAUUCUCUUGGCUUUGUUGUUCAUUUCUUUUUUUUUUCUCUCUUGCAAGUUUCUAUCUCAUGUUCGAUUCUUUUGUUGUGAAGCUUCGCUGCCGCCGAUGCUGUCGUCAGAUCGUGACGUAUGAUGUUUCAUGAAUAAUUAAGAGCAACGACAGCUCGCCUCGCAAAUAAUAACUUCAUGCCCUCUGUUUAGUACUUACUGAUGCAUACGUUGGUUCUGAAUAUGAUUUUGCUGCUGCUUUGUUGUCACCAUCUCGUGAACUAAAGCGAGCGAAAGCUGAAUGUGCCACGGUUCACAGCGAGGGUUGCGCGUCCCCUCUCACCUCCCUUACAACACAUGCACUUUGCAUUCACUCGUAAUGCAUUUCUGCUUUGUUUAGAUGCUGCUGUGCAGAGACCUAUAUGUACUUUCCUCUGUUUUUUUCCUUUCAGGUUAGUGCAUUAAAAAAAAAGCUGAUUUUAUGUUACUGAGGUGUUGAUGCUUCUAUAAUGUGCCUCCAGGUGCCUCGAGUUUGUUCUGCAGCCCUGCUACUUACCGAGCUGGGUUUCCUUAUGUACGCUCAUUUGAAAUUAAGGCUUAAUAAACCAUUUACAUCUGA